AUGGCUAACCCAGAGCCAAAAUCAUAUCUGGCUGUUGCUGAUGGUGAAAAACAGCUCAAUAUGGCUAAAGUGUAUGCUGGCCACUACAAAGGAGUUCCGUGCGUUACUGUCAUCAAGUGUGGUACGGAAGAAGAAGCCGCUGGGCCGAAACCUGGAAACCGAGGAAAACGUGAUUCUCAGCUUAUCUUGAUGAGUUAUUUUCAACGCGUACUUUUCAAUGAUCGAUUAUCGGAGCUGGAUUACGAGAUGUUUUGGAAGAUGACUUGGCUUAUGAAAGGUGUCACUCCAGAUAAAUUCGAAGUAGUAUUGAUGGUUGACGCAGACACAAAGGUUCUCCCUGAUGCAUUGACAUACAUGGUAGCUGCAAUGGCCAACGAUAUAACCAUAAUGGGAUUGUGCGGCGAGACCAGAAUUGCAAACAAGCGUACCUCUUGGGUCACUGCAAUUCAAGUGUUUGAAUAUUAUAUCUCCCAUCAUUAUGCAAAAGCAUUCGAGUCUUUGUUUGGUAUCGUAACUUGUUUGCCCGGUUGCUUUAGUAUGUAUCGUAUCAAAAGUCCCAAGAAUGGAUCUUGGGUGCCUAUUCUUGCCAACCCCGAUAUUGUGAUGGAAUACAACCAAAACAUUGUUACCACUCUCCACGAAAAGAAUUUGCUCCUACUUGGUGAAGAUCGUUUCUUAUCUACCCUCAUGUUGCGCACAUUUCCCAAGCGUCAGAUGAUGUUUGUGCCUCAGGCCCGUUGCAAGACCGUCGUUCCUGACGAGUUUAGCGUACUAUUGUCUCAACGUCGAAGAUGGAUUAAUUCAACCGUUCACAAUCUGAUGGAACUUGUCUUGGUGUCUGAUCUGUGCGGUAUUGCUUGUCUAUCCAUGCAGUUCUCUGUUUUUAUCGAUCUCAUUGGUACACUGGUCUUGCCUGCUGCUAUUUGCAUGUCUAUAUAUCUUAUCAUUGACAGUGCUAUAUCUGUUAACCCACAAUGGCAAUCUCUUGGUCUUCUUCUGGCUGUCCUAUUCUUACCUGCUGUUCUUAUUGCUGUUUCGACAUUAAAGUUCAUUUAUGUGUGCUGGAUGAUCGUCUAUAUUUGUGCUCUUCCUAUUUGGAAUUUUGUCUUGCCAGUAUAUUCAUUCUGGCAUUUUGAUGAUUUCUCAUGGGGUGCUACUCGUGUAGUUGUUGGUGAGAAGAAGGGUGCUAGUCAUGGUGAUGCAGAAGGUACCUUUGAUUCUUCACGUCUGACCAUGAGAAAAUGGGAAGACUGGGAAGCAGAGCGCACAGGACAAAACUUCUCCAAGGGUAUCAAGGUACUCCAGACACCUGGCGGUACUUAUUCUUACGAGGGGGCCAGACAAUCCCCAUCUCCGUCUCCUUUUACUACCAUAUUCAAUGAUCGCAAGAUGUUUACUUCACCUGCCCAGACAAAUAACUCUGCGAUCUCACAAACAUCCACUCUCCUAUAA